AUGGCGGUAGCCGACCUCGGCUACAUCGCCGGCCACCUUGGCCUCCAACAGGAUGGCCUCAUGUCGCUUGCUGCCGAUCCGAACAUAAGCAGCCUUCUCAAAGCCGUCGAAGCAAAGGCUCACGAAUUUGAUACGCUAUAUUCGGAAAAGCUUCGCGUCGAUAUCGAACUCGAAAAUGCCGUUGUAGGGUCUGAGGCGAGAUGUCAGACUUUCAAAGCUACGGCGGAGAAGGCGAUGAAAGAGGUUGAAGAAGUGCGACAGAAGCUCAAAGAUGAAGAGACAACGCGACAAGCCCUUCAAAACGAGUUGCAGACCGUUAAAUCUCGAUCCUCCGAAUACGAUUCUGAAAUCAGCACGCUGAAAGACCAAAUCGAAUCCCUCCAGGCGUCGAAUCGUACAAACAUGGCCCUGCUCGAGUCACGCAAUGCAAGGGAUGAUCAACUCUCGGAAGAGCUCUCUAAACAGCACCAGAAGAACGUCCAGCUUAACAAAGAGAUCACUACCCUCCAGCAAAAUGUCCAGGCUGCCCAGGCUGCCUCGAACACCGCCAAGUAUAGGGCCGAAUCUCUGCAACAACAACUCGACCUCGCCCGCCGUAGCGGCGAGUGGUUCGAGAACGAACUCAAGACAAAGUCGGAGGAAUCACUCAAGUACCGCAAGGAGAAAGGUGCGCGCAUCGCCGAGUUGCAGCGCCAGAAUGAGGAGGCAAAGGCGGACGUGGAAUCGCUGAAACGAGGCGAACAACAGCUCCGUCAACGGCUUGACGCGGCCCAGGCCAAGGCUGACGAGGCCCUUGUCAAGGUUCAACAGCAACAAGAGGCUUUUGCCCUCGAGAUGUCUGAUCAGCUUACACGAAAGCAUCAGAGUCGGGUCCAGGAGAUGGAGCUUGAGAAGGAACGAACCCGUGACAACUAUGAGAAUGAGAUUCGACGCGUUCGUCUCGACCUUGAGCGCGAGCGCCAGACCGUCGCUGAACUCGAGGAACGGAUUCAGCAACUCGAGGGCGAGGUUGACGAGCUUCAGGCUCGCGCUCAGCAUGAACCGGCUGUUGCAGCUUCCCAUCGGCCCCUCAUACUCCCCGCGCGAAUGGAUCUCAAGACUACCAUCACUGCUACCCAGGCCCUUGACGAGGUCUUCAAGCUCAAGGGCCAACUCGCAGGCGAGAAGCGCCGCAACCAACAGCUUUCCGACGAGCUCGACCAGGUCCUUGCCACACUCGAGGCCAAGGCGCCACAGCUUGACGAACUCCAGUCCGAGAACGAGUCCCUCCGAGCCGAGCUUAAUCAAAUGUCACACUUGUCAGAGCAGAGCCACGAGGAGCGCGAUCUCGCGAAGCGGGCGGCGCGAAAGGCGGAAGGCUCCCUGGCCACCGUGCAGACUGAAGCGAAGAUCCUCCGAACACAGCUCCGGGAUCUUGGCACCCAGAUUCAGAUGCUUGUCUUCAACAUGCACGCCCGUGAGAAGGGCCUCAAUGAACUCACAGAGGAAGACAAAUUCCGCCUCGCUCAAUUAUCCAGGGGUGAAGUCACGGAAGACGCGCUUGCUGACAUGUCCGACACUCACCAAUUCAUCACUCAAAAGUUUGUUGUUUUCAAGGACAUACAACAGCUCCAAGAAAAGAACCAAGAGCUUCUCCGCGUCACCCGAGAACUCGCGGAGCAGAUGGAAAGUGAGGAGGCCCUUGCUGCUAAGCACAAGGCGGCCGAUGAUCACAAGGCUGUUCAGCGUCUUGAGCAAGACCUGGCCAACCUCAACGACGAGGCCCAAUCGCUCAAAACUACGAUGGAGUCGUACAAGGCUGAAAGAGACAUGUUCCGACGUCUUCUGCAACAAAAGGCUAGCGCAGGCGAACUGGCCUCGGUCCUCGGUAGCGCACUCAACGAGGGAGAGCGACCCCCGCUUGCCAGUAUUGAGACAGGUGGUGAAGAGCAUGAGGCUGCCUCAUCUGCGGCCCUCAGGCAACUCGAGGCUACCUUCGACAACUAUCGCAACGAGCAGGGCAUGAUACGGCAAACAAUGCGUGAACAGGUUGAUAGGCUAUCUGGUGAAAAGACCUCGCUCCAGGGCGAGGUUAUUAAGCUGUCGAGCCAAAUUACCCUCGCCUCUGAGCGCUACGACAUGCUUCACGCCAAUUUCGUCGCCCUUCAAGGCGAGCAAGUUGAAUUGCAGAAGCGGAACCAGACCCUGUCUGAAACUACAGCUAGGCAGGAUAUCCGCACUCAACAGGUGGCCGAGGAACUAGUGGAGGCCCGCGAGCUUCUCGACUCUACACGCAAUGAGGCUGCAAAUCUGAAGGCGGAGAAGAAGCUCUGGAAAGAUAUCCAAGAACGGCUUGGCAAGAAUAACGAGACCCUCAUGGAAGAGAAGGAGCGGCUGAGCAGCCUUCUUUCUUCGCAGCAGUCGCUCAUGAACGAGCGGGAUAUCGCCGAGUCGGAAGCGAGACGCAAGGCACAGGCUAGGAUUGAUAACCUCGAAACCGAGCUCAACGAGACCAAGCGCAGGCUUAAUUCCGAAACGGAAGAAGGCAAGAAGCUGCAGCUCCGCAAGGAAUUCGACUCCCAGCAAUCGCAGAAGCGCAUCGAUGAGCUCACCAGCACAUUAGGCCAAGUACGCGAAGAGCUUGUCCGUGCAUCCACUGCCCGCGACCACCUCCAAGCUCGCGCUGAUGAACUCGCCGUCAACCUCCGUAAUGCCGAAGAGCGAGUUGGUCGCCUGCAGCCUCGCCCGACACCGCGCCCGGGUAUGCCUGUCGAACCCGAUGCCACUGCUGAGGAGCGCGAAGAAGAGCUCCAGAACCUCGCCGACCAAGUCUCGGAUUUGAAGCGUGACCUCGAACUAGCACAGGCACAGCUCGAGAAUGCUAAGAGCCAAGCUGAGCGGUUCAGGGAUCUUAGCCAAGCACACGAGGAGGCGCUUACCGAUCUUACGUCUUCGCAGGAAGAGGCGCAACAAGCAAUUGACGGUAUACUGGCUGAGAAGGAUGCGAGAAUCAAGGAGCUAGCAGAGAAGGUGGAGGAACUGUCUGCUGAGCUUGCCAACACCAACACCCAGCUGUCGGCUCUCCGUGAUUCGCAGGGUGAGGUGGCCCGAAGGUUUGAAGAUGAAAAGCAUAUUUUGGAGGAUGAGAUGAAGAGGCUCAAGGACGACGCUGAAAGGUAUUCCGAGUCCUCUAAGUUCCACCAACAAGACCUACGAGCCCAAGCCGAGAUCGCGACCAAGGCCCAGCAGGACUACGAAGAGGAGCUCGUCAAGCAUGCUGAAGCGGCGAAGCUUGUUCAGAAUCUACGCACCGAAUAUAACCAGUUGAAGAGCGAGACUGCCUCACUGAAAGCGGCUGCGGAAUCCGCCAAAGCAGCGCUGGCCCAAAACGAGUCGUCGUGGGAGGAGCGUCGACAGCAACUGGAACGCGAAAUCGAAGAGCUUAAUUCUCGCCGAGAGGACACGAAUGCUCAGAACCGCCUUUUGCAUCAACAACUUGAGGGUGUCACGGCCCAGAUCGGCGCCCUGCAGCAGAAUAGGCUCAAGACUUACGACGAUAACGAAGAAACCACCGGGCCUGUUCCUGACAUCGAAGGCCUUCGGGAGCUCAACAGCUACCUCCGCCGCGAGAAGGAGAUUCUCGAGGUCCAGCAUGAAACGAGACUGCAAGAAUCAAGCGGCUGCAGCAGCAACUGGAAGCGCAGGUCCCAAGCUGAGAACAGCAGGAACUCACUCUCCCACCAAGACCUCAUGGCGAAGCUCAACGAGCUUAACUUGUACCGCGAGAGCAGCGCUACUCUCCGUAAUGAGUUGGCUCAGGCCAAGGUGCAGAUUACCGAGAAGAACGCCAAGAUUGCGGAGCUCGAAGGGCGUAUACAACCCCUCGAAUCCCAAGUUGAGGCCCUGCAAACUGAGAAGGGAUUCUUGCAAGACGAGCUCAAGCAGAUCCAGGAAGACCGAGAUCGCUGGCAGAAGAGAACGGAGGAUAUCCUGACCAAGUAUGGCCGUGUCGAUGCAGCCGAGCUCGAGCAACUCAAGGAGAAUAUCACGACUCUCGAGGCGGAGCGCGAUGGCCUUAGGGGUGUGGAGGAGCCCCUCAAACUUAAGAUUACCGAGUUAGAAGCCACCCUGGAGACCGAACGCAACAACUGGCAGGCAACGCGGCAGAAACUAGUCGAACAGUUCAAGGACCGGUCCCGAAAACUUACAGGAGAGAAGGUUGAAGCGAUCCAGCGAUCAAACGAACUCAAGACUCAACUCGAUACCGCGAAUGAGCAAUUGAAUAGCUCAAACCAGCAGAUAACCACGAUCAGCUCGGAGCUCGAGUCGUCGAAACAGGAGAAAUUCCAGCUUGAGAAGCAAAUACUUGAAUUCCACCACACCGUGCAGGCUCUCCGAGACCAGGCUGCCGCCAACCCUAACACGUCGGUCCAGACCAUUGUCACCGGCGACCAGCCACCCACAGAUGGCAUUGCCCAAGAGCUCGAACAUAGGCUCGCAGUCGUCAAAGAGGAGCUCGAUGUUGUUAAUGGCCAAAAGGCUGCUGCGGAAGCGGAAUUAACGAGUUUAAGAUCCCAGCUUCAAUCUGUGAUUGCCGAACGUGACCAAGCUCUCCAACAAGCUCGUUCUGGCAUUGAGGCCGCAGAGGGCCAAUCAGCGGCGCAAGUUGUAGUAGCGAGCGGUGGCGAGAUGACGGAUGACGAAAGGAAAGCGGUGGAGGCCCAGAUCCAGGCAGCGGAAGCCAAGGUUGCCGAGUACGAGGCGAGGGCUCUGGAUGUCGAGGCUAGAAUUGAGCAGACGAUUAAGCAGCGCAGCGAUAAGAUGCGGGAUGCUCUCAAUACUAAGCUGCGAACGGCCCGAGCUGAAAUGGAGGAGGAUUUCAAGGCCAGGGAAACCGAGUUUGAGGCCCAAAAGGCGGCUUGGCAGACGGCAGAGAAGGAGCUGAGGUUGAAACUUGAGCAGGAGAGGAUCAUCAAAAGCGCCGAGGGUGGCCCUGGUCCAGCUUCUGAGGCAGCAGCGCAGCAGGUACCCGCGACCCCAGCGACGCCCUCUAUGCAAGCUCCUUCUACUCCCACGGCAGCUGGUACCCCGGUGAGCGACCUCGCCCAGCUGUCGGAUGCCGAUCUCCGCAAGCUGUUGACAACGCACACUACGGCUAAAUCCAUUUUUGCAAACAACCUUAAGAAGCGACUCGAAGCGGAAACAGCCAAGCUCAGGACGGAUCUCGAACAAACGCUCAAGGGAGAAUACGAGGGCAAGGUUGCACAAGCACGAGAGCAGGGUCAGCUGAUGGAGCAGAAGAAGGCGACAGUCAAGAUCAACAUGACGGAGAACAAGUUCAAGGCAGCGCAGGCCAAACUUGGCGUCGUGCAGACGGCCGCCCAGGAGACGCCCCAGAAGCCCGUGGUGGAAGUCUGGGAGAUUGCGCAAAAGGCUAAACCGAUUCCCCAAACCUCCGCGCAGCCGGCUUUGGCCCGACAGGGUUCGACUGCCGGAAUGCCCCCAGCCCCUUCAACUCCGGGCCCUAGCACUCCAUCCGCCGCGCCUCUGGCCACUCCAAUUCCCAAUGGUGCCACACCCGCAACAGGACAAAGAGGUCCCGGAACCCAGCAACCACAGGCCCAACAGGCCCCUCGCCAACACCAGGCUGGAGCCGCUCAGCCUAUCCCGGGACAACGGCCACCGCAACAGCAGCAGCAACAAGCACCCGCUGCCAAACCCCAGCUGCCGCAGCCUCGUCCAUCCUCGUUGCCUCAGCCGCCGCCACAACCACAGCAAGCUGGCCGAGGCCAGAGCUCCUCCCUGUCCCGCGUGGCGGCCAUCGCGGUGGUAGGGGUGGUGGCCCAUAUAUACCACCCCAGCGCAACGCUAGUGGUGGGGCAGCCGACAGGGGCGGCGGCAACACUCGAGGCCGCGGUGGCCAUGGUCGUGGCGCGCUGA